GUAGUGUCUAUGAGUACGCUGCCAUUUUGAAACGGCAGUGCUUUUUGUUCGUGUGGAGCGUUUGCUCGUUGCGAAGACUACAUCGUGUAUUAGUCAAGUUUAGUUUUAUUUCAUACGAACUCACUCAAAAUGAGCUGGCAAGAUUAUGUCGAUAAACAGUUAUUGGCAUCUAGAUGUGUAACAAAGGCUGCGAUUGCCGGUCACGAUGGAAAUGUCUGGGCCAAGUCGGAAGGCUUCGAUAUAUCGAAAGAUGAAGUGGCAAAGAUAGUGGCUGGUUUCGCGGAUGAAUCACUGCUGACGGGCGGCGGCGUGACGAUAGCGGGCACGCGGUACAUCUACCUCAGUGGCACAGACCGCAUCAUACGCGCCAAGCUAGGCAAGGUCGGCGUCCACUGCAUGAAGACGCAGCAAGCCGUCGUAAUUUCACUGUAUGAAGACCCCAUCCAACCCCAGCAGGCCGCAUCCGUAGUGGAGAAAUUAGGAGACUAUUUACUUACCUGUGGUUAUUAGAGAUCGAAGCGCGCCGUGAUCUAAGAAUACUAUAAGAUAAUAUUUUUUCCACAGGGAAAUAAGUAACUGCAUUUUGUAUAUUCUAUAAAAGUGAUAAGGACCGUUGAUUUGUUUUGAUAUUGAUAAAUUGUGGCGACGUUUAGUGCGGCCGAGCGGCCGAGCGGCAGAGCGGCAGAGCGGCCGAGCAGCCGCAAAGACGCGCAGCCGCGAUUACUUUGCGGAUUCUGGAUACUCUUUUAUACGCUCACCGCUUCCUCGGAGUAAUUGUUGCUGCGUAGUGCUUUCAAUUUGUAUUUUGAAAUUUUGCUUUUUUCCGACCGGUACAUUAAAUUAUAUUCCGCUACGCAGCGGUCUCAGGCAAUGGUGUAUAGAGAUUUUUUUUGGAUUUCUUUUCAAGCCAUCUGAUAAUAAUCGUUGUCAUCUCGCGUUUAAUGUAAUGUAGGUAUAAUCGUGGAUGUUUGCUCGCAGAUCGGAUAUAUUUGCGCGUUUAGACGCUCGAUGAAGAAAUGAAAUAACCACGUAAUGAAAUUACUGUAACGUUAACAACAUAAUUAUAAAUAUAAUUACAAGUAAGCAUUUGUGUAAGGGCUUGUUACAAAAUGAAAUACACUGUAACCCAAGUAAAAUGUUACGAUUUUAAUUGAAAAUCUCUAGUCCCACUGGAACCAUCGUGUGACAAAUGCAAAGAUAUUGGAUUCGAGAGCGUGGCGCCAUCGCAUCGCCACGCCGCCAUUUCGCUAUGCUUCCUUUUUUAAUUACGCAGCAUUUAUAUUCUCGUGUAGUGAAUAAUAAACAUUUGCAUUCUGUUCUAUUCUAUCUCUUAACAGCAGAAAGUAGAAGCGCUCAAUUACUCUGUAUCCUGAAACAAGGCUUGCAGUAAACGAAGGGUGCAUAUUGUUUAUAUUUGAUAUUACUACUAUAGCUUUGUACAUUGUUUCUGAUAAGCGAUGGGAACUGUGUCUAUCUUAUAAUAAAAUGAUUUGUAUUAUAA